CCGGAGUGCAACAUCUUAAGAAACCUGACGUGUGAGCAGUACAAGCACAUCCGAGGAGGAAUGAUUAAGUGCAUUCUGGCCACCGACAUGGGGAGACACAACGAAAUCCUCAACAAGUUCAGAGCCAUACAGCCGCAGUUCGACUUCAGCAACAAGGACCACAAGGAAGUGCUGAUGAAGAUCAUGGUGAAGGUGAGCGACAUCUCCAACGAGACGAGGCCGAUGGCGGUGGCCGAGCCGUGGCUGGACUGUCUGCUGCAGGAGUUCUUUAACCAGAGCGACACAGAGAAACUUAAAGGGCUCCCGGUGACUCCCUUCAUGGACAGAGACAAAGUGUCCAAACCGUCCUCUCAGACCAAGUUCAUCCGGUUUGUCCUCCUGCCACUCUUCACUGAGCUCACCAAGCUGUUCCCCUGUCUGGAGAAACAUAUUGUGGAGCCGGUGCAAAGGGCCCUGGAGUAUUACUCGGACCUGGAGAGAGCCAGCAAGGAGGAGGAGGGGACGGCCAAGGCAUGA